CGCCUCCUUGCCCGGCCGCGCCCAGCCCGGCGCCCCGAGCCGCGCAGGGGAGGAUCCGGGCGCAGUGACCCAGGAGGCGCCACAGACUCUGGGAGGUUCGGCGGCGGCUGGAGCAGCAGGCGGCUCCCCGCAGCUCCCGGCGCUUCCAAGCAGCUCUUCUAGCCGAGCCAGAGGCCCGGCCCGCCAUUCCCAGCCCCGAGCCAUGAUGAAGACUUUGUCCAGCGGGAACUGCACGCUCAGUGUGCCCGCCAAGAACUCAUACCGUAUGGUGGUGCUGGGUGCCUCUCGGGUGGGCAAGAGCUCUAUCGUGUCUCGCUUCCUCAAUGGCCGCUUCGAGGACCAGUACACACCCACCAUCGAGGACUUCCACCGCAAGGUGUACAACAUUCGCGGUGACAUGUACCAGCUCGACAUCCUGGAUACCUCCGGCAACCACCCCUUCCCUGCCAUGCGCAGGCUCUCCAUCCUCACAGGGGACGUCUUCAUCCUGGUGUUCAGCCUGGAUAACCGGGAGUCCUUCGAUGAGGUCAAGCGCCUCCAGAAGCAGAUCCUGGAGGUCAAGUCCUGCCUGAAGAACAAGACCAAGGAGGCGGCGGAGCUGCCCAUGGUCAUCUGUGGCAACAAGAACGACCACGGCGAGCUCUGCCGCCAGGUGCCCACCACCGAGGCCGAGCUGCUGGUGUCGGGCGACGAGAACUGCGCCUACUUCGAGGUGUCAGCCAAGAAGAACACCAACGUGGACGAGAUGUUCUACGUGCUCUUCAGCAUGGCCAAGCUGCCGCAUGAGAUGAGCCCCGCCCUGCACCGCAAGAUCUCCGUGCAGUACGGUGACGCCUUCCACCCCAGGCCCUUCUGCAUGCGCCGCAUCAAGGAGGUAGACGCCUACGGCAUGGUCUCGCCCUUCGCCCGCCGCCCCAGCGUCAACAGUGACCUCAAGUACAUCAAGGCCAAGGUCCUUCGGGAAGGCCAGGCCCGCGAGAGGGACAAGUGCACCCUCCAGUGAGCAAGGGAUGCUGGCGUGGGGCUUGGGCUGGGCCUGCAGGGAGGUGGCCCCAGAUGCCCGCUGUGCGCAUCCCCCACCGAGGCCCCGUAGCAGGCUUGUUCACAGACCUUGGCACCAGACUGGAGGCCCCCAGGCACUUGCCUCCGCAUCGCCGUCUGCCUUCUCACAGCGUUCCCGAGUCUCCUCGUCCGCAGCUCCUCUAUGGGAAGACACAUCUCUGCAGCCUAAAGAGUGACGCAGAGACCCAAGUUACGCUUUCCUCUCCUGAGGUUGGAAGAAACGCUGAUGCCAGAGGGGUGAGGAUUGCUGCGUCAAAUGGAACCUCCUGGGACAAGAACCAGGAUGGAAAGGACACCGGGACCCAGAUGGGAGAGGUCACCUCUCUCCUGGCGUAACAUGCAGCUUGGUUUGGGUGGCAGCUGAGAGAACGUCUCUCUCAGCCCCGCGACUCCUGCCCUCUGCACCCCUCCAGCUACCCCUGACAUUGAGCCAGUGGCAGCUGUAUUUCAAGGGGGCGUGGCCACAUCUAGACCACGCCCACCUCCUGACCGCGUUCUUCAGCCUCCCCUCCCCACCCCUCCUCUCCCAGGUCCCUUCCCCGCCCCCCCCCCCCCCCCCCCCCCCGCCGACAGUUGUGCUUUAUUGUGGUUGCAGCUGUUUUCAUGUCCUGUAUAAGUAGAAAUGGAAAUCAUUGUACUGUAAAAGCCUAGUGACCCCCUCCUUGGCCAGGCCCUCACCCAGUUCAGAUCCACAGCCUCCACCAGGGACGCCUUCUCCUCCGCUCCCAAACAGGGUUCCCAUGGCCUGUCUGCAGCUAGAUAUUGACCUCUGCCGUUGAGCUCCACAGUUUACAGAUGAUUGCACAAGCGUGGAGCAGACAGGCCACGGCUGCUUUUUUAUGCUCCCAUUUCACAGAGGAUACCACCAGGCAAGGACACAGCCCGGUGGGGACAUGAUGAGCCCCAGGCCCCACUCCUGCCCCCCAGCAAGUUCAGGGUACAGCUCCACCUAGAACCAAGCUGUCGUCUACUGUUCUUGUUACUCAAGCAUUUAUUAAGCACCGACUGAGUGCUGGGUUCAUUGUGUCCUAGGAAACCAAGAGGGUCCCCAGCCCUGGCCCCUGCCCACCCCUGCUGCCCCGCCACCCUCUGCACACACAGUGGUGAGGGGGCAGGGAGGAGCAGCUGGGACUCAGGACUGAGCCAGGAAGGGCUCCGACAGAGAAGCUCAGGGUGGGUCUUUUCCUUGUGCCCGGGAUUGGGCUGUGCUGGGUACCACCAUGUACUCAGGCAUGGUGGGUUUCGAACCCAUAAACCAAAGGCCCUUCUCAUCAGCUCUUAACAAGCAUAUUUUGUAUUUUAAUCUCUCUAAAUGUAUUGAAGUUUUAGGGCCCUAAGGAACCCUAGUGAGCAUCUAAUGGGUCUUUCUGAGGUCCAGAGAGGAUAAGUAACUUUCCCCAGGUCACACAGCAAGUCUGUGAGUGGCAGAAGCAAGCUAGCACUGGGCAUUCAGUACAUACCAUGAUGUGCCCCCUCUUUUGAUGCUUGGCCCCUGGGGCCUUCAGGGCUUUGGAACAUCUUGUCCUCAACCUUCUCCCUAGCUCAGUCUGUGAGGGACCCUGUAGAUAUUGUGUACACUAUGCCCAUGUAUAUACGAGUACACACAGAUGAACCCAGAUGUACACAUGCCCUGGCCCCUGCCUGCGUACCUGCACCCGUACCCCAGCCUUGGCCCUGCCUGCGUCUGUGCCCAAAGCAGCAGCUCCGACCCUGCCUCUGUCCCCGCUCCGCCCCCUGCCCGAGCUCUCCGAGCAGGCCGGGCACCUCGGCUGCACAGGUGUGUGGCAUACUCUCACCCAGGCACACCCCGCCGCCAUGGAUCUCCGUGUACACUAUCAAUAAAAGUGGGUUUGUUACAAAGCCA